AUGGAGCCUGCUCCUGUACUGGCUACGGUGGCAAACUUGAACAUCCUAAAGAGCCGGCUGCAGUCAGAGAAGUUAACGUUCCAGGGAAAACUGCUCGAGAUAAUACCUGUGGACCAAUCAAGCGAUGUUAGAAUGACUGAAAACCUGUUUAUUACUGGGAUCCCUAAAUCCACUACUAUUGAUCAACUAAAAGGUUAUCUUCCUGAUAACUGUCAGCCUAUCGACUUUAGACUGUUAGAUAGGAAUCCACGUUACAACAGCAUGGUUAUGGCAUUCUCCUCCAUCGAAGCCGCCACAAAGGUCUGUGAGCUGCUCCGUUCUUGGAAGCUAGGAGGUCGGUAUAUGAGAGUUUCCUUUACUGACUGUAUAGCACAAAAAAGUUAUGAUCUCUACCCAGCAAUCGUGGUUCCCAACUUCACUGCUAAUCCUGAUCGUUUACGCCAGUUAUUCCCAACUUCCAUCGAUGUUCAACUAGAUCGUGAGAGAAGGAAAGCCUAUGUCAAGUUCCCCUCACUGGAAGUCAGACAAGCUGCCAUCUCAGAACCUAAAUUCUUUGAUGGCAAAAAGCUGUCAAUUGGACUUGUAGGUGGACCAGAGCUAAAAACGGCUGUAAUCUUACGUGUACCAGCCAGUGUACAGGAUUCGGAACUCGAAAGUCUAUUCCCUGGUGUGGUUUCACUGUCACGUCAACCCAGGUCCCCUAAAGACAACUCUCCAGCCAUCAUCGCUGAGUUUAAAACAGCUGCUGACUUCUCCAAAGCUCUUUCUUCACCUGUGAUUUUGAAGGGACAAAAGCUGCUGAUAUUCCCCAAAGCCAUAUUCGUCGAUGACGUCCCCCAGAAAAAAAUUGAAAGCAUCAAAUCCACACGACAAGAUGGACCCCCUGCUAAAAAGAACAAAGCUGCCGAGGAGACCGGUGACGAAGACAAGCUAAAACUCAAAGUUAACAAGAUUCUGAAGGCGAAAGAAAUUGAUGAUGCUGGUGAUGAGGAAGUUGAAGAGGACGAUGAUGACGAGGAUGAUGAUGAGGGUGACGAAGAAGACAGCGAGGAAGAAGAAGAAGAGGAGGAAGAAGAUGACGACGACGACGAUGAAGAUGAGGACGAGGAGGAUGACGACGACGACGAUGAUGAUGAGAGUGAAGAAGACGCUCGCAUGACGUCAUCCAAUGACCAGAAGAAUAAGAAACCGCAAAAUAUGUCCUACAAAAAGCCAUUUGGUGAUGUCCAGAGGAUGAACAAUCGCCCUGGAGGUGGGGCUAACUUCAGAGGCAGUCCUAAAUUCGGUGGCAACCCAAAGCAUAAUUCACAACGUGGUCGUGGGGGUCAGUCUUUCCGUGGUCGAGGUGGUCAGUCUUUCCGUGGUCAUGGUGGUGGUCAGUCCCCGCGCGGUCGGGGUGGUCAGUCUUUCCGUGGUCGGGGCGGUAAUAGAGGAGGCUGGUCCAAACGAGGCAGUCAUAACAAAGAAAAAUAA